GUACGGCAGCCGUUAACGCUGACCGGACACACAUACAAACAACAUCCCCCGCCGUCUCCACCGGCUUACUUAAUUAAAGUCAAGAUGGCGACUGAGGGUCAGUUCGAGUACGAGUCGGUCCUGUGUGUCAAACCUGAAGUCAACGUUUACCGAAUCCCGCCGAGGACGUCGAACCGGGCCAUCAGGGCUGCUGAUUGGAAACUGGACGCUCCAGACUGGACGGGGCGCAUGCGUGUGACGGCCCGAGGCAAAGUGGCCUACGUGAAACUGGAGGACAAAAUCUCCGGAGAGCUGUUUGCCCAAGCGCCCGUGGAGGAGUAUCCUGGCAUCGCUGUCGAAACAGUCAGUGACUCAAGUCGUUACUUUGUGCUUCGCAUCCAGGAUGACAACGGCCGUAGUGCGUUCAUAGGCACUGGGUUUGGAGACCGAGGAGACGCGUUUGACUUCAACGUUGCUCUUCAGGAUCAUUUCAAGUGGGUCAAGCAGGAAAAUGAAUUCACUAAACAGGCUCAGGCUCCAGACUCCACUCCUAAACUGGACCUGGGCUUCAAAGAAGGACAAACCAUUACUUUAAAUAUUGGGCAAUCGAAAAAGAAGGAGAGGUCUCGUCCACAGGGUUCGGGAGGCCUCGGCCUCCUUCCUCCUCCUCCAGGGGGCAAGCUCGCCCCACCUCCUUCAUCCAGGUCUACUAAUCACAACACACAGCCCCCAGCAGGAGGAAGUGACACCAGUUGUUUGCUCGACCUGGACUCCAGCAACUCCAACUCGGUGGCUCCGUCCAACCCUUCUUCUGCAGCCGGCUCGGACCUGUGGGGGGACUUUGACUCUGUAUGCCAGCAGUGA